UUAAAUAAUUUAAGCCGUGGUCAAAUGUAUGUACAUACAAGAGAUGAACAAGUUCUACGUUUAUAGAGUUUUGCGAACUGAACUGACCCUUUAACUGGCCUGUGAAUUGUAAUAUACCUAUACAUUAUCGAUAUGAUCCAGUAAAAACGAUUCGGAAUCAUAUGGUAACAUAACCUUUAUCAUAAACAGCCCUGAUAAACAGUAAACAGCGUAUAAGUGUAAGGUACACAACUUUACAGUUGAUUUAAAUUUACAGAUUAUUAUUUAAUUAUAAAAAGUUGAUCAUAAUGGAUGACGAUAUAUCAAAAUUAGAUUUAUAUGAAAUCAUCGGUGCAACUAUAACAUCAGAUGAAUCUGAGAUUAAAAAAGCUUAUCGAAAGAAAGCACUCAGUUGCCAUCCUGACAAAAAUCCAGAUAAUCCAAAGGCAGCAGAAUUAUUCCUCCAAUUAAGUAAAGCAUUAGAAAUAUUAACUGAUGCUGCAGCACGGGCUGCCUAUGACAAAGUUGUAAAUGCAAGAGCUCAGGCUAAACUUAGAGUAAAGGAAUUAGAUGCCAAGCGCAAAAAAUUCAAAGAUGAUCUUGAAGCUCGUGAAGAAGCUUUCAAAAGAUCACAAACUUCAGGUUACACCUAUUCCCCAAAAAGUGACGAAGAGAAACUUAAAGCUGAAAUAGAGAGGUUGAAAAAGGAGGGUUCUAAGUUAGUUGAAGAAGAAAAGGAACGAUUGCGCCAAAAAAUAUUAGAAGAUUUACGGAAUGGAUCUACUAAUAAUGGUUAUAGUGAAGAUGAAUGCCGCUGCAAAAUAAGAUGGAAAGUUGAUGCUGAUGAUACAACUAAUGGUGGUUAUGAUUAUGAUAAUCUCCACAGGUUCUUAUCAAAAUAUGGUGAAAUAUCAGUAUUAGUCAUAUCAACAACAAAAAAAGGUAGAGGUCUAGUCGAAUUCAAAACUAGGGAAGCAGCUGAAUCUGCAGUUAACUAUGAAAGAGGUCUUAUAACAAAUCCCCUGAAAUUGGAAGGCAUAUGGGAGAAAGGCAAAAAAACCAAACAACAAUUUCAAACUACAUCUAAUCCAAUAGUUGGAGGUGGAAGUUUGUUCGCAUCAGCUUCCAGAUAUACAAAUCAAAAUACUACUAGUCGUAUUCCACAAGGACUUAGUUGUUUAUCUGUUCCAGAUAUAUUUAAUACGCAAGCUCACAGUGAUGCUGAUUUGGAAAACGCAGUUUUGAAUAAUUUGAGAAGAGCAGAAGAGCGCAAAAGGUUAAUAGAAGAAAUGAAAGCACAAGAUGAAGGAACGUGAUUGUUUAAUUAUUUGUAAAAAUUUCUACCCAUAACAAAGUCAUUUUACUUCUUAAGAUUUAAUUUUAAUAAAAAAUUUUUUAAAAUCUA